AUGGAGGAACUUAAAGCAUCACCAUUUCCAUUUAGCAUGCAACUGGAUGAAAGCACAGAUGUCUCUCAGUGUGCCCAGCUUCUUGUAUAUGUUCGUUAUAUGCACGCUGAUGCAAUUAAAGAAGAAUUCCUAUUUUGCGAGCCUCUCUCAGAAACUACAAAGGCUGCAGACGUAUUAGAGAUGGUGAACAAUUUCUUUGCCAAACAAGACUUCAAUUGGAAGAGAAAUAUUGGUAGUUUGUGUACCGACGAGCGCGCAAUGCUUGGAAAAACCUCAGGUUCGCUGGCUUUCGAGAGGUCAAGUUUUGAAGCGUUUGAUGGAACUGAGAAAGGAAGUUUCAUUCUUCUUACGAGAAAACAAAAUCCUCUAUCAGUGCAAUUUGACAGAAAGGAGUUUCUUUAUGGCUUAGCUUACUUGGCAGAUAUUUUCGGUCAUUUGAAUGAAGUAAAUCUGUCAUUUCAAGGACCAGAUGUAACGAUUAUGGACGUUACAGAAAGACUGCAGGCUUUUCAAGCAAAGCUUCCUUUGUGGAAAAGAAGACUUGAGACAGACAACUUUGCCAACUUCCCAAUGCUGGAGGAAGUGAUCUCUCAAACUCGAAUCGAUAAUACUGAAGCCCUGCUUUCCUCUCUACGUGGAAAUAUGUGCGAAAAUUUAGACAGAUUGCAGCAAUCUUUUGAAAGUUAUUGCUCACAUGAUCCGAAUUUUGAAUUGUGGAUUCGCAACCCAUUUCUUGCAGAUCUAAAUUCUAUUGGUGAUGACGAUCUUGCCAAAGAUGACCUCAUUGAGUUCAGGACAAUGCAAAUGCUAAGGAGCGAAUUCAAUUCAAAGAACCUUGCAGAAUUCUGGUGUUCCUUGGCACAAGCGUAUCCUCGCCUAGUGAAGAGAGCCAUGGUUGCUCUUAUUCCUUUUGCUACUACCUACCUCUGUGAGGCAGGGUUUUCUGCUCUUCUUGCUAUCAAAACGAAACAACGAAAUCGGUUGGAUGCUAAGGAUAACAUGCGUGUGGCCCUGGCAAAACCAUCCCACAAUUUCGUGUUCUUGUUGAAGAUAAGCAGGAGCAACCUUCGCAUUGAUUUAAAAAGUUAUUUGCGUUCUACUUAUUGGUUACUGCACUGUAUUUUUUGA